AGAAGAUCAAUCUGGCUAUAAAUUCAGAAAAAUAUCCAUAACAUCUCUCUCACUUCAACCUCCAAUUUCUUGGCUUAUAAAGAUUAAAAUGAUCUUAACUUCAUCAUAGAUCACAAGCUUUCUUGAUCUCAGCUCUCUCAGUCACUCAAAUUCUCUCAUCCAUUUUCCAGAGAAAAUAAUCUCAUUUUCCCGAGAAAGAAAGAAAACAAAAAAAUUUAGGUAACCGGAGAGAGUUCGCAGAAAACGAGGUCGGAGAAUAUAACCAGUCACGGUCUUGUCUGCUUUUCUCUUCGGUUGGUUUGAGAUCUCUCAAUGGCAGGAAGUGGACUAAAGAGACGAAGGCGAAGAAUACAGCUAAGCAAGCUCUACACACUCACAUGCUCUCAAGCUUGUUUCAAACAAGCCCACUCUCAAAUCGGAGGACCAGGUUACUCUCGUCUCGUUUUCAUCAACGAACCUGAUUCACCUGAAGCUGACACAAGCAACUACAGUGACAACUAUGUCAGAACCACCAAGUAUACUCUCGCUACUUUCUUACCAAAAUCACUCUUUGAGCAGUUUAGAAGAGUUGCAAAUUUCUACUUCUUGGUCACUGGUGUCUUGUCUUUCACUCCCCUUGCUCCUUAUACUGCUGCAAGUGCCAUUUUCCCUCUCAUUUUUGUGAUUGGUGCUACUAUGGUUAAGGAAGGUGUUGAAGAUUGGCGCCGCAACAAGCAGGAUAUUGAGGUGAAUAAUAGGAAAGUUAAAGUGCAUAGAGGAGAUGGGAACUUUGAUUCUAAGGAGUGGAAGACUCUUAGUGUUGGAGAUAUAGUGAAGGUAGAGAAGAACCAGUUCUUCCCUGCAGAUCUUGUUCUCCUCUCAUCUAGCUACGAGGACGCUAUUUGCUAUGUAGAGACGAUGAAUCUAGACGGUGAGACCAAUCUCAAAGUUAAACAAGGACUAGAAGUAACUUCUUCUUUGAGGGAAGACUUUAACUUCAAAGGCUUUGAGGCUUUUGUCAAAUGCGAGGAUCCAAACGCUAACUUGUACUCCUUUGUUGGCACCAUGGAGAUUAAAGGAGCCAAGUACCCUCUCUCACCUCAACAGCUUCUUCUCAGAGACUCAAAGCUCAGGAACACAGAGUUCAUCUUCGGUGCGGUUAUCUUCACUGGUCAUGACACAAAGGUUAUACAAAACUCAACUGAUCCUCCAUCUAAGAGAAGCAUGAUUGAGAAAAAGAUGGAUAAGAUCAUCUACCUAAUGUUCUUUAUGGUGGUUUUGAUGUCAUUCAUUGGUUCUGUCAUCUUUGGAGUUACAACAAGAGAUGAUUACAAGGAUGGUGUGGUGAAACGAUGGUACUUGAGACCAGACAGCUCAAGUAUCUUCUUUGAUCCCAAGAGAGCUCAUGUUGCUGCCUUCUAUCACUUCCUAACCGCUGCUAUGUUAUACAGUUACUUCAUUCCAAUAUCUCUUUAUGUCUCAAUAGAGAUUGUUAAAGUCCUUCAGAGCAUUUUCAUCAACCAGGACAUCCACAUGUACUACGAGGAAGCCAACAAGCCAGCUCGUGCAAGAACCUCUAACCUCAAUGAAGAGCUUGGUCAAGUGGAUACAAUCCUCUCGGACAAGACUGGGACGUUGACUUGUAACUCCAUGGAGUUCAUCAAGUGUUCUGUCGCGGGAACAGCUUAUGGACGUGGUGUCACUGAAGUUGAGAUGGCUAUGGGAAGAAGGAAAGGUUCUCCUUUGGUGUUUCAGGGUAAUGAGAGUGAUGAGGAGUAUAGUAAAGAGGGAUUUGCUGAAGAACCAACGGUGAAGGGGUUCAAUUUUAGAGAUGAAAGGAUAAUGAAUGGGAACUGGGUCACUGAACCUCAUGCUGAUGUUAUUCAGAAGUUUUUUAGAUUACUUGCGGUGUGUCAUACAGUGAUACCUGAAGUGGAUGAAGAUACAGAGAAGAUUUCUUAUGAAGCUGAGUCUCCUGAUGAAGCAGCGUUUGUUAUUGCAGCAAGGGAGCUUGGGUUUGAGUUUUAUAACAGAACUCAAACUACCAUAUCUGUAAGAGAGCUUGAUCUUGUGACUGGUAAACGAGUUGAAAGGUUGUACAAAGUCCUGAACGUUCUUGAGUUCAACAGCACAAGGAAAAGAAUGUCAGUGAUAGUGCAGGAUGAAGAUGGGAAGCUCAUACUACUUUGUAAAGGAGCAGAUAAUGUUAUGUUUGAGAGACUCUCCAAGAAUGGUAGAGAGUUUGAGGGGGAAACAAGGGACCAUGUGAACGAGUAUGCUGAUGCAGGGCUAAGAACUUUAAUACUUGCAUACCGUGAACUUGAGGAGAAAGAAUAUAAAGUUUUCAAUGAAAGAAUCAGUGAAGCCAAGAGCUCAGUUAGUGCUGAUAGAGAAUCAUUGAUAGAGGAAGUCACAGAGAAAGUUGAGAAAGACUUGAUCCUUCUUGGAGCUACUGCUGUUGAGGAUAAACUCCAAAAUGGAGUCCCUGAUUGCAUUGACAAGCUAGCACAAGCAGGAAUCAAGAUUUGGGUUUUAACUGGUGACAAAAUGGAGACUGCUAUCAAUAUUGGCUUCGCCAGUAGUUUGCUCAGACAAGACAUGAAGCAGAUCAUUAUUACCUUGGAGACCCCUGAAAUCCUCUCACUGGAGAAAACCGGUGAGAAAGAUGCCAUUGCAAAGGCAUCAAAAGAGAAUGUCUUGUUGCAGAUAAUAAAUGGAAAAGGUCAGCUAAAGUAUUCUGGUGGGAACUCUGAUGCUUUUGCUUUGAUCAUUGAUGGGAAGUCACUUGCUUACGCCUUGGAUGAUGAUAUAAAACACAUCUUCUUAGAGCUAGCUGUUGGUUGUGCUUCUGUCAUUUGUUGUCGUUCAUCACCAAAACAAAAAGCUCUGGUGACAAGGCUAGUAAAAUCUGGAAACGGUAAAACAACUUUAGCUAUUGGUGAUGGAGCAAAUGAUGUUGGAAUGCUUCAAGAAGCAGAUAUAGGUGUUGGGAUUAGCGGUGUGGAAGGUAUGCAGGCUGUAAUGUCAAGCGACAUUGCUAUUGCUCAGUUUAGAUAUCUGGAACGUUUGUUACUAGUCCAUGGACACUGGUGUUACAGACGUAUCUCAACAAUGAUUUGUUACUUCUUCUACAAGAACAUUACAUUUGGUUUCACUCUCUUCUUAUAUGAAGCAUACACAACAUUCUCAUCAACACCUGCUUACAACGACUGGUUCCUAUCUCUUUACAAUGUUUGCUUCUCGUCCCUUCCGGUUAUUGCUCUUGGUGUCUUCGACCAAGAUGUAUCUGCACGGUACUGUCUCAAGUUUCCACUGUUAUACCAAGAAGGUGUGCAGAACGUUCUCUUCAGCUGGCGCAGGAUACUUGGAUGGAUGUUCAACGGAUUCUACAGUGCAGUAAUCAUCUUCUUCCUCUGCAAAACCUCCCUCCAAUCACAAGCUUUCAACCACCAAGGCAAAACCCCUGGAAAAGAGAUCUUAGGAGGGACAAUGUACACAUGCAUAGUCUGGGUUGUGAACUUGCAGAUGGCAUUAGCCAUCAGUUACUUCACACUGAUCCAGCACAUUGUCAUUUGGGGCUCCAUCAUCGUUUGGUACCUCUUCAUGACUGUGUACGGAGAGCUUCCAACAAGUAUAUCAACAAGUGCGUAUAGAGUCUUUGUUGAAGCUCUGGCUCCAUCACUUUCUUACUGGGUCAUCACUCUCUUUGUGGUUGUGUCCACGUUGCUGCCUUACUUCAUCUACUCUGCUGUUCAGAUGAGGUUUUUCCCAAUGUACCAUGGGAUGAUACAGUGGCUAAGGUAUGAGGGUCAGUGUAAUGACCCUGAGUACUGUGAUAUGGUGAGGCAGAGGUCAAUAAGGCCAACAACAGUUGGGUUUACUGCAAGAUUAGAAGCUAAAAAGAGAUCAGUGAGGAGAUCAGAGCCUGAAUCAUGAGUUAACCAUUAGUUGACUUUGCAGGACGUAAAUAUAUUUGCUUCAGACCUGAGGAAAGGGCUUAGUUAACCAGUUGUUGUACAUUUCUGAUUUCUUGCAGCCUUGCCUGAUUAACAAAGUAGAGAGAUAGCCAGUAGUUGCAUCUAAGUCUUUUUCCUCUUUCAGUAUACCUUUGAAUCUAUAGUGUCAUUCUUAGAGAAAGGAAGUUAUAUACCGCUUUGGAUCAGUCCUCUUAAGACAUCUUGUGUGAUGAGCAAUGACAAAGGAAUGAUCAUUGUUUUUCUUCUAUUUCAUAUUGAGAGUUUCCGAAGUCUAAAUCGUUUGUAGAGUCUUCUCCUUGUCGCCAGAAACUACCAAACACAAACUCUCCCUCCAUGGAGAGUUCUUGCAACACUUCCUCAAUAUCUUCCAUGCAACUAACUCUGGAUACAUCACCAGGCAAAGGCUUCUCUUCUCUGCAAUCAUCAUUCUUUGAAGGUAAGAAGGUUUUCGAGUCUCUUCUCUUCUUUCUUCUGAGCCUCCUGAUCACAAACCUCUUCAUCUUGUGAGAAACUCUACGAGGAGUCUUGAAGAAGAUGAAGAUAAAGACUUGGAGGAUAAAGCACUCACAGCAGCAACAGAGGACAACACAAUCUGCUGCAAAAGCACCACAAUCUUGUUCCAUUGUUCUUGAUGCAUUGUAAACUGUUGAGGUAAGAAACAACAAAGAUAUAAAGGAAGGAGGAAACAUAGAUUAAGAGGUAACAUAGGAUUGUGUCAAAGGAAUAUGUUCCUUUGCCAAUAUUGGUAUCAACAAUGCAACGCAAAGCAACAUCCCAUGUGUUUGUUAUGUAUUUGUUUUUGUUCAUACUGUAUGAAAUCCACAUGGGAUUUUUAGACACUUCUUAAAAAGCAAUUGUUUAGGUAUCUUGGACGUCAAAGCAACUAAACAAUCUUUCGUUUCCUACUUUCCUUUGAUUAUACUCUCUCUUCAUGGUGAUUCAUAGGGGUAAAUCAGUCUUCUUACAUGUAUAACUUGAGUCACAUGAACACAUUCUUCAAUGAGACACAAAGAAAGAUCCUUGUUGAUUUAUCAUAAAAGUAAAAGAAUGAGACAUGGCGCAGAAUAUGCAAAACUUGAAGGUAAAGAUUUAAAAAAUAGAUACAAAAAGUGCUUUCAUGUAAGAAUCAAAACCUCCCUUAUUCAAGAACAUAAACACACCCUUAUCCCUCAUCUUCCUCUACCACAUGCUCCUCUGUUUCUGCAAAGUUGAUUUGGUAGUCUCUUUAGUUUCACCAAAUGGACACAAGAACAUGAACACAAACUAGGAAACAAAAGGAGAUUCAUACUGUUUUGAGCACUCUAGAAGAUUCUGCUUUGAGAUGUGUGGGCUUGGGAGCUUUUCAGAAAAACUUGGAUGUUCUUGAGGAGUUUUGUUGCCUCUUAACACCGAGAGAUCAAAAAAAACAAUAUUGUGUAUGGAUAUUUACACGUUUUGGUCUCUGCUGUGGUAACUACUAUGUGUGAAAAAAUCUGUACUGUAAUUUUGGCUACCAAAAGCCAUUCUUCUGAACAAUCUGAUCUCUGCUGACUGUUGAGCUGUGUCAAACACCUCGCUUUCACCUAGUCUCAUCCCAUUGGUUAGAUCCUCCGCAGAUAAACUCUCAAGAGCUCUCACAAUCUGCAAAAAAAGAAAAACAUUUCAAGAUUCCUUUUCAAGAUUCUAACCAAAAAUAGAGCAAACAAGAAGAGAAAAUGUUAAGUACUUGUCCCAUCCGGGGUCUCUUGGCAGCUGAAUGGCGCACACAGGCUCCUGCUGCUUCAAUCAUUCUAAACAUUUCUGAAUCCACAUAGUUUCCUCCAAGCUUAGGAUCCGCUAAAGAACCAAACUCCUCGG